GCAGCACCUACUCCGAGCGAGCUUAAGUCCAAGGAAACUGCAAUAGCAGUUGAGACACAAGCUAAGCAUGAAGACAAGCCCAGCACUAGCCGAGAGGCGUAUAAAAGAAAUAAACGAUCUCAGCUACCGAAAAGGGGCAGAGCACGAGAUCAAAGUCAAAGACCAACAAAUAGGAAUAGGUUGCCAAAUAAUGUAGAGAAAGUUGAGAAGCAAAGCGAAGCAAAGGUGCAGAAGGAUCAGACACAGGAUGCUGUUAAAACAACAAAUGAAAUAGUCCCAGAGUCUAAAAUUGCCGUAGUUGAAGAAGAGGAGCAAAAUAAAUCUAUUGAAGAGGGAGCUGACACAGAAGCUAUAAAAACUGAGCAAGCUGAAGUCAAAUCAGAACCAACAACGGAAGCACAGACGGAAAUUGCUGUGAUUAUAGAAGCUGAAGAUCAAGAAGAAGACAAAACAGUUGCACAGCCUGAAGUUACACAAGCGGAAGUUGUGCGAGCAGAAGUUACACAGGCUGAAGUUCCAGCUGAGCCUCAAGCAGGAGCUUUAAUUGUACCACAGUCGGUUG